AUGAAAAUGGUAAGGCUCUUGUCGGCAACGUUCAUAACCUUCAUUAUUGUUUGUGUUCAAUUCUAUCAAACAAGCUAUGCAAAGGCUGAUCUUCAGUACCUCUGCCCCCCUUCUUCCUGCGGCAACAUUGCAAACAUUAGCUAUCCUUUUCGACUAAUAACCGAUCCACCAAACUGCGGGGACAUAAGGUACAAUCUUUCAUGUGAGAACAACCUUACUUUGUUAAACACAUAUUCAGGAAAAUACCAUGUUCAGGCAAUCAAUUACAAUAAUUACACAAUCCGACUGGUCGAUCCAAAUAUUAAAAGGGGUAAUUGCUCCUCUCUCCCUCUUUAUUCUUUAACCGAUUAUAACUUUCUUUAUGAAUUCAAUUUUUCAUAUUUUAGCCUGAUUCGUAUUCAAAGUGGAAAUCAUUUAGAAGUCUACGAACCUUCAAGGACCAUAACGUUCUUGAAUUGUGAAAAUGUGGCGAAAUCUCCUCUUUAUAUACCUACUAGUUCUUGCAAUGUCAGUGAUUUUUCUGGUUCAAAAGGGCAUUCUUAUGUUAUGCUUGGUAAGAUAAAUGAUUACGAGUUGGAGAACUCUUGCCGUAUAGAGCAGAUGGCUAGGAUGCCUUGGCUGCAGGCAACGGAAGACGAGAACAUUUCCUACAUAGAUAUCCACCAUCAACUUGCAUACGGUUUUGAGCUUUCAUGGAUGUCAGUUUAUGCUAAAGAUCAUCAAAACCCUCUCGCAUGCUAUGCUGAUGAAUACAACAUGAUCCAGUGUCCAUUUUAUAAUACUGAUUUUUGGACUAUGAUUGUUUAUGAAAUACAAGGUUUCUUGGUCAAAUUCCAGUACACCGUAUUGCUAUGGACUACUGGGAAAAUCAUUUUGGGGAUUCCAUGUGUGAUUGCAUUUUUAAUCUACAAAUGGCGAAAACGACAUUUAUCAAUGUACAACAUCAUAGAAGAAUUCUUGCAGGCUAACACUAAUCUCAUGCCUAUAAGGUACUCAUACUCAGAAAUUAAAAUAAUGACCAAGCGUUUCAAACACAAGUUAGGUGAAGGAGGCUAUGGUUCUGUAUAUAAAGGAAAGCUUCGCAGCGGUCGUCUUGUAGCAGUCAAAAUGUUGGGCAAAUCUAAGGCAAAUGGGCAAGAGUUCAUCAAUGAAGUUGCUACAAUUGGAAGGAUUCACCAUGUCAAUGUGGUGCAACUAGUUGGUUUCUGUGUUGAGAGAUCAAAGCGUGCUCUUGUAUAUGAAUUUAUGCCUAAAGGGUCUCUUGAUAAACACAUAUUUUCUCAAGAAGGAAUUAACUCCUUAGAUUGCAAGAAAAUGUGCGAAAUUUCAUUUGGAGUGGCCUGUGGUAUUGAAUAUCUUCAUCAAGGAUGCAACAUGCAAAUUUUGCAUUUUGACAUUAAGCCCCACAACAUUCUUUUGGAUGAAAAUUUUAUUCCAAAGGUUUCAGAUUUUGGGCUUGCACAAUUAUACCCAUUAGAUAAAAGCAUAGUAUCUCUUACUGCAGCAAGAGGAACAAUGGGAUAUAUAGCUCCGGAGUUGUUUUACAAAAAUAUUGGAGGAAUUUCAUAUAAAGCUGAUGUCUACAGUUAUGGAAUGUUAUUAAUGGAAAUGGCAAGCAGAAGGAAAAACUUGAAUGCAGUUGCAGAACAUACAAGUCAAAUAUAUUUCCCUUCAUGGAUUUAUGAUCAACUUAACAAAGGAAAAGGCUUAGAAAUAGUAGAUGCAACAGAGGAGGAGUCCAGGUUGAGAAAGAAGAUGAUAAUAGUAGCAUUAUGGUGCAUACAAAUGAAGCCAAGCGAUCGACCUUCAAUGAAUAAAGUCAGAGAGAUGCUUGAAGCAGAAGUUGAAAGCUUACAAAUACCUCCAAAGCCCUUUCUAUGUCCACAAGAGAAGCCUUUAAAGGAUGCUGGAGAGAAAUCAAAUUGGCAAUGUUUGUCAACACCAUCAAAGACUGAAGAUUCAAAAAGCAAAUUAUGAAACAUGUUUGAGAAUAUUUAAAUUUUCAGCUGUCCACUUUGCAGAUGUUUUAGCUAGUUUUGUUUUCAGUAAUCACAACGGAUAGUUCCUUGGAAUCCUCCUAGGUAUGGUUAAGUAGUUAAAUUUUGAAAGAUAGUAUGGGGCUGGCUUGAUCGUCCAGGGAUGUAGUUUUGUUUUUAACAAGAAAACAGAGUUGCUCUGGAUAAUUUUUUAUAUGUAAAGGGGCAUCUUUUGCAGGAUUUAUUUUUUAUUUUUUUUCCCUCUAUAUAUAUAUAUAUGUUCUAAUUAUCAAAGCAUUUCUAUUAACAUCUCUUUUUAGAUUC